AUGACGCGGUUUCCCUGCCUUUUGAAGACUGGCAUCCGAGAUGGCCCAAGCAAAGGCAAAAGCUUUUAUGUUUGUGGAGUCCAAGACCAGCCACCUUGUGGAUUUGUCCUCCCUACCCUACUUUGUCCUUCUCACUGCUUGAUGCAUGAAGAGUAUGUGGUGGACCUGCAAGUUUUAGUCCAGCAGCAGGGGACAGACCAAUAUCGACUGUUCUAUCGAUGCACAAACUAUAAGGUGGAAGGGAAGAAGUGGUGUGGAAGUGUCCCAUGGCAGGAUUCACAACCCACCAGAUUAUCAACUAAACCACAAUCUCAGCAGAUGUUGGAUUUACCCCUUAAUCACAGAGAACAAAGAAACCCAUUCAAAGUAUUAGACAAGAAUCAAGAACCAUUCUCUUUGAAACAAAUUAAUAAAUAUGAGGACAAAAAUUCAAAAGAAAAGGAUAAAAGAGAGACAUUGGACUCUGAUAAAAAGAUUCAGCAGAAAUUAUCAUCUGAAUAUGUUGGGGAAGAACUUCCAAAAGAAUGUAAGGUUGAGUUGGGAGAUAAAAGUGGUAGAUCAUCCAGGAGGGUGAAAGAAAACCAAAUUAGAUCAAAUGACUUGACAACUGACCUUCAAGAAACCGUAUUUUUGAAUGCACAAAAAAGUUGUUCGAGCACAAAAGUUGAAAUACCCUCUGGACAUAUAAGGUGGAGUUCCACUAUGAGACCGUCUAAAGAUGGCAUGCCGAAACAAAAAACAAGCUGCAGUAGCCAGACAUCAAGCAUAAAGCCCCUUAAUGAGGAGCAACUUCGAAAAGGAAGACCGGAAACAUGCAUAGACAAAAGGGUAGCAGAGAAGAAGCAUGACAAUGAGGGAAGCGAAAAGAGGGCUGUCACACCUGGAGGACUUGUAACCGUUCAGAAAUGUAUGGGCUUCCCUACAGUGUCCCCUAGAGAAAACCUACUAUUAUACAGGGAAAUGACUCCAGAAGAAAAACAGAGUACCAAUAAAAAUGUUAGUGGUGAUGAGCACAAUAGAUUUGUGCCCUCCAAGUCGCCUGUUGGACUGAUAGUGGAUUCCUCGCGGGGAAAAGACUGCAGUCAGAAGAACUCACCUUCCAUCUCACAAGGAAGUGCCUCUUCACAAAGGGCAGAAAUUCUGGAUUCCAAAGCCCUUCACAGCCAACUUUCAGCUCAGUUAAGACAAAAAAAGAGCACUUUGAAAAUGGUGAACGUGCAGGCUCUGCCAGAUAAAGGAGAACGAUUAAUAAAGCAAGUGCAGGAGCUGGAAGCUGCACUUAGCUCUCUUAACCUGGAGACGGAGGAAGAUGCAAAGAAAGGCGAUGCGGGCGUUAUCGGAAAGGAAGAAGAAGAAUUGCAGCACAAACCAUUCAGCAGAACCAUCAUAGAGCCACCGAGUACCCUGAAGGGAAAAGAGCCACAGAUGUUCCAUGAGCAUGAGAAUACCAGACAAUUAGAGCUCAAUUUUACUGCAGGAUCUAGUCAGUACUGCAGUAACCCUUCUGGAGAAUAUUCUUCUGGGCAGACACUUUAUGGAGGCCGGAUGACUGAAGAUCGGCUCAGAGCUGUGUAUGAUGCCACAAGCGAUGCCAUUAACAAGCUCCACAAGUCCCUCAAGUCCUGCCCCACAGCAGAGGCGGUGGCUGUAGACCCACCAGGGUUGAAGAUCUCCCUCUUGCUACACCAGAAACAAGCCCUUGCUUGGCUCCUCUGGAGGGAGAACCAAGCACCGUGUGGAGGAAUCCUGGCGGAUGAUAUGGGCUUAGGGAAGACUUUAACAAUGAUUGCGCUUGUCCUGACCCAGAAACAGUUACAGAAGGAGAAGGGACAGGAGAAGAAAUUAGAGAUUUGCAUGUCACGACAAGAUCCCUCUGUUAUCUUUUCCAAUGGCACUCUGAUUGUCUGCCCUGCCUCCCUGAUCCAUCACUGGAAAAAGGAAGUGGAAAGGCAUGUAAACCAUGGCAAACUGAGAAUCUGUCUGUACCAUGGAAGCAACCGAAAUAAGAAUACGACAGUCCUCUCUGGAUAUGAUAUUGUCAUCACCACCUAUAGCAUCCUGGGCAAGGAAAUUCCCAUGCACAAAGAAGAAGCGGAGGUUGCUGCUAAGGACCAUGUUGCGCAGGUAAUUCCCUUCUCUCCCUUGCUCUGGAUAAACUGGGCUAGAAUUAUACUGGAUGAGGCACACAACAUCAGAAACCCCAAAGUGCAGGCCUCAGUCGCAGCCUGCAAGUUGAGAGCGUCUGCCAGGUGGGCUGUGACUGGGACACCCAUUCAGAACAACCUCUUGGACAUGUACUCCCUGCUAAGGUUUCUUCGCUGCUCGCCUUUUGAUGAAUUCAAGGUGUGGAAGAGUCAGGUAGACAAUAAUACAAGAAAAGGAGGAGAGAGACUGGCUAUUUUAACCAGGAGCCUCUUAUUGCGAAGAACCAAGGACCAACUGGACUCAUCUGGCAAGCCUCUGGUCCCACUACCUCAGCGUCUUACUCUGCUACACCGAUUAAAACUCUCGGAUGACGAACAGUCAGUGUAUAAUGUGCUAUUCAAACGAUCAAGGUCAACACUGCAAUCCUACCUCAAGCGUCAGGAGGCUCAGUUGACGGGGAGCCCUGGGGAUAACCCGUUUGAGAGAGGUUAGAAUUUUCAAGUUGGUCAGCAGGACUCUGUGGGAAAGAGUAAAACAGACACUCCUCCCGUCUCUACUACUGUUCAUAUCUUGUCCCUGUUGCUGAGGCUCCGUCAAUGCUGCUGCCAUCUUUCUUUGCUGAAGACGGCUCUGGAGCAGGCCAGCUUGGACAGUGACGGCAUCUCCCUCUCCCUGGAGGAGCAGCUCAAUGCUCUGACCUUGUCUGAACCUGAUAGCAGCGACCCUCGGUCUGUGGUGUACCUCCUCGGUUCACCUUUUGGUGUGGAUCUAUUUGAAAUCACUAGACAGAGCACCAAGUUAUUGCAUCUCUUGGAAGAGCUAAAGGCCAUCCAAGGUCAGUCCCAAAAAAGUGUCGUUGUGUCCCAGUGGACUAGCAUGCUGAAGGUUGUGGCAGUCCACCUUGGGAAGCUUGGCCUGAAAUACGCCACAGUGGAUGGCUCUGUGAAUCCAAAGCAGAGGAUGGAUCUGGUGGAGGAAUUCAACAGUAAUCCUAAAGGACCUCAGGUGAUGUUGAUCUCCCUCUUGGCUGGAGGCGUUGGCCUCAAUCUUGUUGGCGGAAAUCAUCUCUUCCUUCUUGACAUGCACUGGAACCCAGCUCUAGAGGACCAAGCCUGUGACCGUAUUUACCGUGUGGGGCAGCAGAAGGAUGUUGUGAUCCACAGGUUCGUUUGUGAAGGGACGGUAGAAGAAAAGAUCUCGGGGCUGCAAGCCACAAAAAAGGAGUUGGCCCAGAAAGUGCUGUUGGGAAGAGGAGAUUCCUUCACCAAGCUCACCCUGGCAGACCUCAAGCUCCUUUUUGGCAUUUGA